AUGGAAAAGUUAAAUAUUAGUUGCUCACUUUGUCAUUGGAAUGGAACUUUUAAAGAUUAUCAAGAACAUUUAGAUAGAGAUCAUUUGAAUCCUUCUUGUGAACAUUGUGGUAAAAUGUUCAACACAGUCAAUACUCUUACUCAACACAUAUCUAUCUGUGAAAAAGCUCGUAUGAACUGUGUUUUAGAACCAUAUGGUUGUAAUGAACAGUUUCUUCGAAUGAAUAUACAAGAUCAUUUUCUAAGUGUACAACAUCAAAGUGCUUUACUUCAAUAUCUUUGUAAAAACACUCAACAUCAAAUAAAUGAUGAGUUAGUAAUAUCUUCUCGUACAACAAUAACUAUCAAUAGAGAAACUGAUGAAACUUUUAAUAGAAAUCUUCAACAGUUAUUGGAAACAACAGAUAUGCUGUUGGGUGGUGUUAGUGCAUUAACUGAUGAUGCUCAACGUCUUAGUUCAGAGUUACUUCAUCAUCAAACUUUGCUUCGAUCUUUAUCUGAGGAAGUAUCAAAUCUAAAAAUCGCUGUAGAAGAAACACAUUCAUCAAUCAAUGCUCAUCAAACCAAUCAACAAAUAUGUGAAGAAGACCUUACUUCACUUCAACAGCAAUUUGAAGAUCAAAAGAAUAUUUCUACUGAUGGAAAACUUAUGUGGAAAAUUACCAAUGUUCAACAAAAAAUAGUUGAUGCCGAGUUUGAACGACAGAUAUCUUUUUAUUCUCCUGUAUUCUAUUCAUCACCGAAUGGUUAUAAAAUGCGACUUCGUCUCUAUUUGGCUGGCGAUGGUAAUGCUAGACGCACUCAUAUGUCACUUUUCUUCGUACUUAUGCGUGGAGAAUAUGAUGCUAUCCUUGAAUUUCCAUUCAGUUUCAAAGUAAUCUUUUGUCUAAUUGACCAAACAUCUCAACAACGACAUAUUAUCGAUUCAUUUCGGCCCGAUGUAAAAUCAAGUAGCUUUCAAAGACCUCAAACAGAUAUGAAUACAGCUUCUGGUAUACCGAAAUUUGUGCCACUAACAAUCAUUCAACAAGAUGACAAUCCCUAUGUUCGUGAUGGUACGAUGUUUAUCAAAGUUAUAGUUGAUUUUGGCGAUAUACCAAAACUAUUAUUACCAUACACAUUAAGUCUCAAUCCUGGUUUGCCAAUUCUAUUGCAACAUGAAUGGAUAAAACGCGAGAUCGAAAAGAAAGCGCAACAAAACACAUUAAAUACAACUAGCACAUCUUCAUCUAUGGAUCAAGAUAUGAAUACGAAUGAAAACGGAAAUAGGAACUAA